UUUAAAUCUUGAUACGAAUUUCCUGUUGCAAGAAAUCUUAAUGUUACAACCAAUAUUUAUUUUGGACUUAUACUAUCGUAGGAUUAGAUGUGUAAUAGUUAUAUAAUUUAGAUAUAUAAUAGACUAUCGUAGUAUCGUAGGAUAGUAUACUGCUUUUGAAGAAACUAUGUCACAAGGUUUAAUAUUAGGUUUAACGAUCUCGAAUCCAUUCGUAGAUAAUUUCUGAAGUCUGCUGGUUCUAAAUUACUCAUAAUGUUCAUAUUUGCUAACAUUCCGCGCAGCAAUAAAUAUUUGUUCACCGAUAUUCUUGUUUUUAUUUUUUUUAUUUUGAGAAAUUGAAACAUAAAACAAAAACAAAAAACUUUUUUUUUGUUGUCAAGACAAUACUGGGGCCAUCCUCGUACACACACGACACGUCCAACUUCGUCACGCUUAAACUGACAAUUGAUUCAGUAACUGAAUUUAGAACUGUAAUCAGAAUCUAAGCUUCCGUAUUCAGUCGACUAAAUUCAGUCAAGUGUAAUAAGCCUUUUACUUAAUAUCCAUCCAUUCCAUGGCCCAUACCCAUAUCAUAAAUAUUAUGUGUAUUAUCUAUGAUCUAUGCUUGAAGCGAAAACUGUGAAAUUGUAAAAUUUUAAACAGUUUUUAGAUUUGAGCAAAAGCAAGUGAAUUUUAUUUUCUAAGUUUAAAGAAGUGACAGAAAAAAAUGGAACGAGAAGAUGGCGAGAUGAGUGAUGAUAAUUCGAUGAUUAUAGAUGACAUGGACGUCGACGACCCAUUUCAAGCAACGCAUGAUGAUUGUACUAUGGUUUUCAAAGCUGAAAAAAAUGGCCUUGUAGUGCAGAAGCUUGAAAAAGUUGAUGCUGCAAAACUAGAUGAAAGAGCUAAAAGAUUUGGCCUCAAUCUAACUGGAACACAUACAAUAACUCAGAAGCAAAUAGAUGAACUUUAUGAAAAUUGUGGUAUACAAAGUGGCAAUGAAAGGCACAUACGUUUUGAUACCAUUCAUUUAAAUGGAGUGGAUGGGCUGACAACAAAGGAAAUAUUUCAAUACUUAGAAGAUUAUAAACCACUUUCAUUGGAAUGGAUUGAUGACACAUCAUGCAAUGUGGUUUGUCAAGACCAUAUUUCAGCAGCAUUAGCAUUACUAGCUCAUUCUCAUGAAAUCAAAGAUGGUAAUUUGUCAGCUGUGAUUUCUGAUAAAAAUCAUCAUUGGAGGCAAGGUGUUCAUCAUCCUAAAAAUGAAAUGAUUUUGAUAAGAUAUGCUACUAAUAGUGAUAAAAAAUUGACAAAUAGGAGACAAGGCAGGCAAGUUAAAAAUAGAAUUGAUUCAGCAUUAAAAAAUCCUUGGGGUGAUUUGUGUAAAUCGUGGGGUGUAUAUGAUCAUCAAGAAGUUUUUCAAUACCAGCAAUCUAGAAAUGAGAAGGCAGAUAACAGUGAUGAAGAGGAUAAUUAUGUAAAUAGACCAGUUAAAAGUAGUAGAUUAGCAUCCAGGCUUGGAAAGAGAGUCUGUGAAACAAAAAGCUCUGUUGAUUCUGAAUAUGACAAUUCAGAUUCAGAAUGGAAAGCUAAAUCAAAGGUACCGAGGAUGAGGAUGCAUGCUGAUGAUGAAGAAAAAAAACAAGAAAAGAGUCGUCGUCUAAUCAAAUGUAGAUUAGAAAGCAUAAAUGAAUUUUCUCCAUUAUCUAUACAAGUAGCAAAUUCUAAGGGUAAUUACAUAAAAAGGGAAGCAUCAAAACUAUCAGAUAAAUUUAAGUAUCAUACAUCAGAACCCAAAUCAAGUGUUCAGUUACGGUUAGGUGAGAGGCUAGAGUACUCUAAUGAUAGUAAUUCAAGUGAUGAAGUUUCUGGAAAUUUUGGAUAUAAUUUUAGGAGUCAAGUGCAGAAAAUUAACGAUCAAACAAAAAGUGCAAGUAGCGUUUGGUCAAGAUUAGACACAAAUAACAGUCCUCAGAAGCACAGUGACUUGCGUAAGUUUAUAACUUCAAAGAAGAAAAAUGAUGACCUCAGAGAUAGAAUAGGAAAAUUAAAAAAGGAAAAUUUACGUAUUGAAAUAGACAACUCUUCCUAACACACAAUAAAUUUAGUAUGCAAUAAUUGCUAUCUUCAUAUUAGAUUGGUAAGAAGUACUGCUCUGCUCAUACUCUAUGAGUGGCCAACAAGUAAACACUAAAAUAGAAUGGAAUUACCACCUGUGUCUAUUAAUAAAAAUGUGAUCUUAUCAAUACAUGAACCCCUUUUCUGUUCUAAAAUAUAAUUGUAAACAAUAGGCCAAGGUACUGGUGUCCAUUUGUUGGUUAACUGGAAGAGGCUGUGGAAGCUGCUGUCUUAAUUUGCCACAGUUGCUUCAUACUGGGUUAGAUUGCGUCAUGCAAGUCUUAUGUGACUUGCAUGACGCAUGAAUCUAAUCCACUGCAUCGGUGUAACAAUUUAUGUUUGCUGUGGUCACGAAGACCCAUUCAAUCUCCCUGUUCGGCGACAGCUCAGUUCACUCGUGUCUUGACAGUGCAUCUUAUAAGGCGACUAUUUAGUUUGGUUCAACAGUCCCAGCAAAUUUUCACCAAGAACGACGAAAAAUGGUAUGAUGUGUAAUUCGAUCUCCAUGUGCCUGCAGAUUGUUAACAUUGGAAGGAGAGACUGCAAAAAAAAAGAAAAUAAAUGAUUCAUUUAAA